UGCACCCUAAUCAUAACCAUCAUAAUCCCCAGCUGGAAAACAAAUAGCAUCUGGGCGUGGAGCGGAGGGAGAGGACGAGGCCUCGGCAGGCCGGCACCAGAUGGUCACAGUGCAGCAGCACUUCUCCAGCAUGGAGGAGACGGCAAAAACAUUCCUACCGGAACAGGACUCACUGGAAGGCCCCAAGGUGGAUCCACUGGACCUCAUGAAAGCUUACAAGGAUAAACUGUUGGAGGAAAUGUGGAAGCAGCAGGACGGUUUGGAGGGUCCCACAGCCUCGGCAGCAGACACGUCCACCUCCGCUGAGACCGAUACUCCAGUGCAGGACAGUUCUAAGGAAGGCAAUCAGCUGCUGGAGCGACUCAGAGCACUGGAGGCGGAGAACUCUGCGCUGUCGAUAGAAAACGACAACCAGAGGAAGCAGUACGAACGCUGUCUGGAUGAGGUAGCCAACCAGGUGGUCCAGGCCCUCCUCACUCAGAAGGACCUGAAAGAAGCGUGUGUGAAGCUGCGGACUCGUGUUUUUGACUUGGAGCAGCAAAAUCGCAUUCUGAGUGUUCUGUUUCAACAGCGUGUCAAAAUGUCUGCAAGUCCUGUCUCCCAGGAGGUCCAAAGGAAUGGAAAGGCCAGUAUUCCUGCAGGAAGGUGGCCCAGCCUACUGAGUCUAACGUGCCCACGCAGUAGUGGCAGCAGCAGUGAACUGUCAGUUUCCAGCACUUGUAGCGAGUAUUCCAGUGGCUCACAUACUUGGGCAGAAGGAUGUGGUUUCUCCAGGCAGUGUGCUACAAGCCGGGAGAAAAGGAUGAGCACAGGUUCAGUGUCAGGCAACAAUUCAGCAAACGUUGAGCAGACAGACCUGGGAUGGAAGGAAGGCCACAUUCUGAAAGGCGUGAAACAUCUCAGCCCCAAAGACACAACCUCACUUCCAGCUGCGCCACACUGCAAGGACUGUACGAGCUCCAAUGAGGGCAUCUACUCACUCGGCCUCAAGUGUGGCCAACAGCGAUUCACAGCAGAACAAGCCUCCCCGAUAAGGAAACCAUUUGAGGCAGAGGUCACUACCUUAGACUCUGAUGGUGCAGAUGAUGAAUCCUCUAAAUUAUCAAGUAAGGACUUCAGUGACCAUCCAACAAAAGACCUUCUUUGUGUGACGAAAGUAAUCAUCUUGAGGGAUGACAUAAGUCCGACUGACAGCAGUUAUCAAGAAGACCCCGUAAAACGUGAGGUAACCUCUGGUCAUUUUCCUUCGCCUGUCUCAGACAACUUGUUCUUUUUGGAUGGCCUAUCACUGAAACCUGGUGUCAGCCCAACAGAGAGCCUCACACAUGUGGAAGAGUUACAGAAUAAAGACUUACUUGAAAAACACAAACUGUCAAGCUUGAAGGCAACUGGCAAAAAUGCGAAACAAGAAAGAUUCAAUGAUCGUAAAUCCAGGCUGGAUCUUGUCAAAAGCCAACAAGGGCAACUCACAAUCCAGCAAAGUGACAUGGAAUCAUCAUUUCAAAAUGCAGCAAGAAGUCUGACAUGUGUUGGUGAAGCCCGACAGCGCAGCUCCUCAAUGGACAUUCCUCACUGCCGACACCAGGGUAGUCACACUAGCAGUGAAAGCAAAGCCUGUAUCUCCUCUGAAUCUCCUCACAGAAAACCAAAACCUCAGCCAUGUGACUCAGCAAGAAAGGCCUUCAUUCUGCGAAGCAAGAGUGCAGAUGGAGGACCAGAACAACCGAAGCUUGUCCAUUCUCCUUUACAUCAAAAGCUCACCGUGGUUCAGAGAGCCAAAGGCCAGCCGAGCCCUCCUGGAGCCAGUGUUCUCAGUAAAACUACAAAUCUGAACAAAACACACAGUACAAGCAAGGGAGCAAUUUCUAAAGUUGGGAAAAGUGAGAAAAUUGCUGAACCAAUAAAUGUAGGAUGUGUUGAGAGUGUGCGGCAUGGUUCUCCACUUGUUUCACCUGUGAAACGUUCAAAGGUGUUUCAGCCUCCUGGAGUGAGUGGAUUUUCAAAAAGCCAGACAAAACCACAUUUAUCACUGAUUACCUAUUCCUCAAGCAAUGACUCUGAAGAAGAAAUCAUUUACAACAAUUCACCUUCUUCGUCACGCAAGCAGCAGCACCAAGAGCAGCAUAUUGAUGGUUCCUUUUCAGGAUUGAGAUCUUCACCACUACCACCACAACCCCUACCACCAGCUCGAAACCCUUCCCUUCUGAUUAAACCUGGUUGUGACUCCUUACCUUCCAGCAGCAACGACCAACCUCAGUUGAACCAGCUUCCACCACCAGGUCUACAGUUUCAGUCUCAGCACUGUAACACAACAAAAGACAGUCAUCAUACAAACCCAAAAAAUGAUGCUGAAGUUAAUAAGGUACAAACAAAUGUCCCUACCAAGGUGUACCACAGCCAGUUUUCCAGGGUCCCACCGACAACCUCCAUCUCAUUUCAAGAAUCACGAACUUCUGAUUCAGUCCAGUUAUCAAUCAACAGAACUGUCUCCGGCACGGACAAAAGCAGAACCCCUUCCAUACUGCCAAAUCAGAGCAUCUUACAAAGAUCCCAACAGAGCAUUAGUGAGCCAAAACUUUCUGAAGUCCUGCCUCAGGCAUAUUCUAAUGUUUACUACCCUGGGAAUGCAAGUAAUCCCCAGAAUUCCACCUCAAGAGCUAUAAACACAGCAUUCCCAUCAAAUGCUAACUCAUAUGAUGCAAUCAUCAGGCAGGGAACCCAUACCUUCUUAGUUCUCGGAAAGCAUGACGUACAUGAUACAGCCACUACUACACAAGGUGUAAAAACAUUUGAGAAUUAUACAUGUGAACCCCAGAUGAUACAUGGAGGUGGUGUGCAAGACAAAGUUCGGCGAAGGAUCGAGACCCGCUGUAACUCACUGGAUUCUCAGCCCUCAGUCCAGCCUGCUGCACCAGACAGUGGGGUAAUGUUAGAUUGGGGAUUUGAUGAAGAAGGAUGGCUUUUUAAAAGGUCCGUUUCUGUCUCAACUAGGCCUCCCUUCAGGCCAGUAAUGGGCAUGAAUGGGGCCAAAGCUCGAAGCCAGAGCUUUGGUGCACGUUACAUGGACAGACCAAGUUUCAACCGAUCUGGAAAGGUCCAUACGCAAAACAAAACACACUCAGGAAGUUCUUUGAACUCUCUUGGUGAUGUUCUUCCAGGAAGCAUGAGUUGCUCCAGUAGCUAUCACUGUCCAAUGAAUCGAUCGCUUUUGAAUAACUUCUUAAUUGAAGAGGGCCUGACGGUACCCCCGCAUCUGGGGUCUUCCAGCGAAAGACUUCAAAGUCUUAAACACCAGCGAGAGCAGGCGAGGCGCCUCCAGAUCGAGCAACAGUUUUCAAGCGCCUUUGGAGAGCCAGUCUCUGAAGAACCAGAGAGACAAAGCACGAUCACCACAAUAGAAGAAAAAGUGAUGCUCGGCAUCGAGGAGAAUUUGCACAAGUCUCAGGAACAGGAGAGAAUCAGUGAAGUGAAACAAAAAUCCAGCACAACUUUGGCAAGUUGGUUUGGUUUUCGUAAGAGUAAGCUUCCUGGUCCAAGUGGCAAAAAGACUGAACCACCGAAAGUAAAAGAGGAGAAGAAAGAACAAAAAAUAACAUCACUUCUUGGAGGGAAACAGGCAAAGUCGGACAAAAAGAGAGACAGAAAAAAAAACGAUGGAAAGGAAAGUUCUGCAGGGAGAAGAGAGUCUCAUGACGCAGUGCGAGCGUGUAUCUCAAUACCGUGUCCAGGAAUGUCCCUGAAUGAAAUACAAGGACAUGCUGACAUCGUAGCUGACCCAAUGAUGAUGAACAGACGAGGUGACAGUGAAAAUGGAUCUGCAGUGAAGAGCGGCGGAGGCGGCCUGGAUGCUGUCACAGGCUCUGGCUGCAAGAUGCAAACAUUGGACAGUGGGAUCGGCACCAUCCCCCUUCCUGAAUCCUGUUCCUUCUUUUCCUCCAUCCUACAUCUUCUCCCUAAGUCCUCAUCAACUCCAGAGCAGUCCCUCAGUCCUCCCAGUGCCCCUGGUUCCUCCAGCGAGGAGGUGUCCCCUUCCCUUUUACCCCGAUGGAAAGUACCCUCUGGCUUUAAGGACAGCUGUCAGGCAGCGGUGCCACACUCCUUGCCCAACUCCUCCAGAGCACAUAUACAGUCAGUGCCGUUCCCCACUGUGGCCUUCCUCCAGCCCAUUCAACCCCAGUGUCAACCCAUUGUGACCUCUGCCAUUAUGUGUGAUACCCAGACCGGGCUACCCGGACCAGCACAAGGUGGAAUGGAGCCAAAGAAGCUGACCUACAUCAAAUCAAAAACUCGAGCCUCAGUGAGCCAACAGAAAGAACAGACCAGACUGCAGCUUGCCAACUAGAUCACUAUGAA